AUGACCAGAAUUAAAACUACCACUAGAGCUACCACCACUAAACAAGAAACUACUGUUAAAACUACCACCACUGAACAAGAAUCUACCGUAGAAGCUACCACCAAUGAACAAGAAACUACUACUAGAGCUACCACCACUGAACAAGAAACUACUGUUAAAACUACCACCACUGAACAAGAAACUACCGUAGAAGCUACCACCACUGAACAAGAAACUACUGUAGAAGCUACCACCACUGAACAAACAGCUAUCGCUAGAGUUCCACCACUGAAUAAACCAUAA